UUGUUUUUAUUUGAAUUUUGUUUGUCCUGUAUUUUGUAAAUCUUGUAAUUUUUCAAACUGCAUUAUAACGUAAAUCUGUAAAUUUGAGGCGAUCAAAAAAUAGCAGUACAUUUUCCAUUGACUAAAUAUUUUCCAGAAACAUACCAUAAAUGCUCGGUCGGUCUGCGCAAUAGGUCGAGCCCACCUUUUGGCCAUUAUUAAGGGGGCGUGGCUAAUGAAAAUUAGCCUCGUGCUGAUCUCAUAAAACGUGACGCACGGGAGAGAGAGUCAACUUUGCGAAAGUAAGACGCAAAAAUGGUACUAACUGAAGCAGUACUUGCGUUUACGCUCAGUGUGUAUUUCAGCAACGCUCAGAAUCCUCAGUCCUCCUGGCAAAUGCCACAAUAUGAGGCCGGUGGUUUGUCGUUUUUACCGGUUUUGAAAGAAUUUGCCCAGCACGAGCUGCAUGACCCCCAGCAGCAGGUGAAGGUCUCGUCGCGUCAGCGUUGUGUGCUGGAGCAGCACGAGCGCAUUGAGUGCGGAGAGUCUGACGUCACCGCAGAUGAUUGUGACGCCAUCAGCUGCUGUUAUGAUGGACAAGGCUGUUAUUAUGCCAGAGCAGUGACCCUGCAGUGCACGAGAGAUGGGCAGUUUGUGUUGGUGGUUGCUCGAGAUGCCACACUGCCCCGCAUCAGUUUGGACUCCAUCCACCUGCUGGAGGACGACCCCAGCGGUCACUGCACUUCUGUUGGCACCACAGCCACCUUUGCCAUCUAUCAGUUUCCGGUCAGCUCCUGCGGCACCAAAAUGAUGGAAGAAGAUCAUUAUAUUACUUACGAAAACAUGAUGUCAUCAGCGUAUGAAGUGGGCAUUGGACCCCGUGGAUCCGUCACAAGAGACAGUGCCUAUGAGUUGAAGUUCCAGUGCAGGUAUUCAGGAAGUGGCGUUGAGGCUCUGAUGAUGGAGGUGAAUACAGUUCCUCCUCCUCUCCCUGUCUCUCAACACGGCCCACUCAGAGUGGAGCUCAGACUCGCCAAUGGACGGUGUACCACUAAAGGAUGCUCGGAUGAGGAUGUGUAUACCUCGUACUACUCUGAGUUAGAUUACCCUGUCACCAAAGUCUUGAGAGAACCCUUGUACGUUGAAGUGAGGAUUCUGGAGAGGACAGAUCCAAACAUCGUCCUGCUCCUGGAUCACUGUUGGGCCACGUCCACCCAGGACCCUCAGAGUCUGCCACAGUGGGAUCUGAUAGUUAAUGGCUGUCCCUAUAAGGAUGACCAUUACCUGACCACGAUGCUUUCUGUUGGACAGUCAGAGCUUCAGUAUCAGUCUCAUUAUAAACGCUUUGUCAUGAAGAUGUUCACCUUUGUAGAUCGGCACUCUCUUGUGCCGCUGCAGGAACGGGUACGUGUGCGUUACUCAUGCGUUCUGUUAGAUUUUGGUUAAUCUCGUUUGUCGUCGCUCUCCUCCCCGUCUCUAACAGGUCAUCAUUCAUUGAACCACGUCUGUUUGCCACUCGUUUGGCUUAGAGUCCUGCGAGUCCAGCUGUGGCAGGACGAGAAGGGCAGUUUCAGAACAAUCAAUGGAUUCUGAAGAGAAAGUGUUAGUUUCGAGUGGCGAGGUCAUACUCAAUUCUGAUUUACCAGUUUCUAAAAAUCUCCUGGAUGAUGAUGUGUCACACGCAUUGGCUUAUGGAUUAUGGUCCGGAACGGCUAUAACCAUGUUUGGUGUCUGUGGGCUCGUGGUGGCUGUUUUAAUCCGGCGUGUCAGACCUCGACCUCAGCCG